GAACGGGACACCCAACGUCCGAAACCGAAGGCACACCCAAACGCAUGCUCCGUCCAAAAUGGGCAAUGGGAAGUUCCCAGCUCAGAUUCUUCAUUCCGCCUUCCUUCCUUCUCAGUUUGUUUUCCCUUGUCCUUUUCUCGCCUGUUCUCCCGCGAUGAAGGUCCUUCUGUGCCUGUUUGGUGCCCUCCUGGUGGCCGGUGCUCUGUGCGCUGAUGACGUGAAGCACCCAUCCUCCCUGCGCAAGCUGAGUCCUCAGGGCGUCGCUGAUCCGUCGACGGUAAGGACAUGCAACAUGGCCACAACUUGCUCAUGCUGCCUCUGCGUCACCGUGGGUUUGCAUGCGUCUGUUUAUCCGUCGGUCCCUAUGUGUGUGUGUGUGUGUGUGUGUAUGCAUGCAGCAGGGUGAUGAAGCUCCUGUGAGGGCGCUGCAUGGACCUCACCGCGACCACGAUGAUGACCAUCACCACGACCAUGACUACACCGACCGCGUGGCCCUCGGUUUCGUCAUGACCACCAUCGCCGGUAGGUACGCACGUGUGUCGAUAUGACGCAGAUGCCUGAUGUGGCGCCGGUCACUCGCUGUUGAUGUGCUGUUGUGCGCGUGCAGGUUUGUCCACUGCUGUGGGCAGUGCGCUCUCCUUCUGCCUUCCCAAGCACAAUGGCAAGGUACGUGUGCUGCACGUGUGUUUGAAUCCGCACGUACUCCGCGAUGAAUACAUGUAUGUCUAUAUCCGCGUGCGGACGCAUGCCCACAUUAUCGGUGUCUGCAGAUGCUUGCGGUGUUGUGCAUGUCUCUGUCUGCGGGCGUCAUGCUCUACGUGUCGUUCGGGGAGAUCCUCAGCAAAAGCAUCGUACGAUCGAUCGACAUGCACGCACACGCACUCCCAACAAACAGCGCGUGCGUGUUUGUACAUAAAUGCACAUUUUGAAUGUAUUGUGCAAUGAAUAGGACGAGUUUCGUGAGGCGAUUAGCGACGGGGGGGAGGCGUACGCCAACGCUACGCUGUGCUUUUUCGGCGGUACGCUCACACGCAUCCACAUGUGGCCACACAAACAUACACCUGCACACAAAACAAACAACAUACCUACGUGUGCAUCAAUCGACAGGUAUCCUUGCGGCGAUGCUGCUCGAUUACGCCCUGGAUUCCAUGUUCAAAGUACUUGAAGCCAACACUCACUCCAUGGACACACAAUGACAUGCACAAACAUCGAAUGAUGCCGUGACGCGUGUGCUUGCAGUGGAGCCAGACCGAGCCCGAGGCGCCCAGCAACAGCAGCCCAGUGCCCGACACAUCGCCCGAUGUACGAAGUGCAUAGAACACAGACAGACAGACAGACAGACACGAUAUGACAUGCCACACAUAACGAUUGGCUGACGUGCAUGUACACAUAUGUGGCUGCAGAGUGGGGCAGACCGACAGCAGCUUCAAGAGGAACAUAACGACACUGAGCAUGGUGCGCACACAACAACCAACAUCACAACCUGUGUUCGUGUACGUGAACCCAUGGAUAUGGGCGGAUGGAUGGAUGGAAUGGUGGCAGGCGGCCGCGGUGGAGGCCCUCUCGCGCGAGAAAAAGUACUGUGUGGAGAGACACUAGCUGUGGUGGGUGCGCACACCACAUACAACACACGAAGAGACACGCAUAUGUACGCCCUACAUGCGUGUACACGGACGUGCCUCUCUGUAUGAUGUCCGCACACACAUGUCAUGGAUGUACACAGGUGAUUGAGCAGUCUCUCUGCGGCGAUGAUAAGACCAGGACGCCGCCAACCGACGGUGAGGGCGCGUCAUUCAUACGUCCGUUCACACACUCACCCGGACACGUGCAUGCGAGUCGAUCAACAAAUACGCACGUGGUGUGUGUGUGUGUGUGUGUGUACAGAUGCUGGGAUUCUGGACCAGGAGAACAGCACAUCAGAAGAGAACAUAAAGGAGGUCCGUCCGUCCGUACACCUGACGUGCCGGCCACGUACAUACAUGUGCGCAUGUCAUCUGUAUGUGUUUUUGAUUCAUUCAUACAGCCUCAGAAGGGUUCGUUGGAGAAGCAGCGGGCUGACAAAGCGGCCCUCAAAAACCUCGGGAUAUUCAGGUACGCACAUGGGAACGAGACGCCGACACUGCAAUAUCGGUUCGGUUUAUCACCGAUCGACCAGCGGUCUUGCACUAGCCAUGCACAACUUCCCCGAAGGUUUGGCCACGUUCGCUGCGACACUGGCGGAUCCAACCUUCGGACUCGGUACGUGCCACACUCUCGCAUCGCACACACGCCAAGGAUUUACAUUUAUUGGUGUGUGCGCACAGGGGUGGCCGUUGCCAUCGCCAUCCACAAUAUUCCCGAGGGAAUUGCCGUCAGGUAUACACGAAUACGCGACUGACACGCACAGAUGGCUCCACGGACGGGCACUCUGCUGCCAUUGUGUACAUUUGAUCAGUGUGCCGAUCUUCUACGCAACGGGCAGCAAGUGGAAGGCAUUCGGUACGUCCGCACACACAUGCACACGUACAAAUUUUAUGCUUCUUGUGUGGGUGUGUGGUGUACAGGCUGGUCGCUGCUCAGUGGCAUUGCCGAGCCAGUUGGGGCUCUACUAGGUCAGUGAGUCAAGUGAUUGCAUCCAUCCAUUUGUCUGUCCACGCGCUCUCACACAUGAAUGCCACUCAGGCUACCUGGUGCUGAUUCACGUGAUGUCGCCCACUGCAUUCGCCAUUCUGUUCGGUACGUCUGUCUGCAUGUUUGUGUAUGCACCCGUGUGUGCCCACAUGCACGCAGUGUUCUUGUGUCUCGAUGGGGCUUGGCUUGCAGGUUUGGUGGGCGGUAUCAUGAUUCAUAUAUGCAUCAAGAAGCUGAUACCCACCGCACUCAAAUACGACCCACAAGUACGCCAUCCACACACAGAUCCAUCCUUCCUUCCUCCCAUCAACACACGUGUGUGCGUGCGUGGUGUUUAGGAUCGUGUGACGUCCAACACGUGUCUGCUGGGCAUGGCCGUCAUGGCGCUUUCACUCGUGCUGUUCCAAGUCGUCUGACUGAUUGCUUCUGUAUGUGUGAGACGUCAGACGUUCUUCGUACGAUUUUAGGCCAUGAUCUGUCCCUCCAUUCACACGACAGUGAUCCUGACUCUCGAAGUAGUUCGUGCCUCUGUGCGCUUCUUUUUCGGUUUGUCAUGUGCGUGUGGGGGGUCCUGGGUGCCUUGGCAGCCGUCGGUGCCUGUCAGUCAUUCGUGUGACGACUUAUCUGAUCUGCGUGUGACGACUGACUGCACACACCCUGAUGAGUGUGCCUGUGCGUGACUGCAUGUGUACGAUUCCAUGAGGGAAAGAGAGAUACACGUUUUUGUGCGUCUGCACACGCGAGGUCGACAGAUACCACAUGCAAACAAAUAAACAAAAGAGCGUUUCGAGUCUACGUCGUUUGAAGAAGUGGAGUUCAAGCACAGGAACGUCAAGAAGGGAGGGACGGGGGGAGAUGAGUCGUCACAUCCAUCGGAGGGUACACACACGGGAUGGACACAUGAGCUGUGGGAUGGGGGGAGACAGAGACACCGACCUGACACUCAAACAUAUCGAAGUGAAUGAUCCAAUAACGUUUGAGUCCAUCUAUCUAUCCAUCUGUCGACUUACCCCUCAACAUUGAUACUGACUCGAUCAAGCUUCAGCAUCACCGGAUCAGCACGACAGUUUUAAGAGGAAUGCCCGUCAACUGUCAUCCAUCUGCA